UUACUUACCCCACAACAAUGGCCACUGACACCGCGGACGUAUUCAGCGACGCACCCAGAAUCGUCGACUUUGACGUCCUCGAGGCCUCGAAGGAAAACGUCCAGCGCUUGGCCUCGGGCCGCCGUGCCACCGCUCUGUCGGAUAUCCUCGCGACUCCACACGCGCAGAGAGACUCGAAGCUCGCCGCGACGCGCAACAGGCUGCGCAUCAAUGUCGAGAUCGCUCUGGAGGACGACGAAGACGACCCACUCGCGGCCUACUGGCGCUACGUCAACUGGACGCUGGACAACUACCCGCACGGACAGAGCGCUGAAUCGGGGCUGGUGGAACUCAUCGAAGAGGCGACGCGCGUAUUGAAGGACCACCGGGAGGGCCACUGGCGCGGAGAACUCAAAUACCUGAAGCUGUGGAUGCUGUAUACGAGCUACGUGGAGAAGCCCACGAUCAUCUUCGAGUUCUUGAUCGCCAACGAGAUCGGGACGGGCUUUGCGCUGCUGUACGAGGAGUAUGCGGCUGUACUGGAGCAGGAGGGGAGACGCAAGGAGGCCGACGCCAUGUAUCAGCUCGGCAUCGCCAGACGUGCCACCGACGUCGACCACCUCAAAGCGCGACAUGCCGAGUUCCAAAAGCGCAUGAUGAGCGUGGUUGCACCUGCAACCCCGGUUGAGCCGGCUGUGAAUACCCCUGGCCCGCACCGCUCGGCGCGGACUGUGCUAGGCACCAGCAGCUCCUCGUCGUCGGCACUGGCCGCGGCCUCCGGCUCAUCAAGAACCCCUCUGCCCGCCGCACAGCGCCCGCCUUCCGCCGCAACGAAUGCCCCGUUUCAGAUAUUUGAGGACUCCGCGUCCACUGCGUCCGCUGCGCCAGGCAACGCGUUUCCGGAUGUCGGGACACGUAAGACGCGUGUGAAAGAGAACGUGCCUGAGACGCGGAAGAUGGCUGGCACGACGAUAAAGCAGGCAGGGAAGAAGAAGCGGUUGGCGUCUGGAGGCGCUGCAACGUCGAGUUUCGUGCCUUACGUGGACACGGAGGAGGACGCGAUGCCCGCGCCAUCGCUUCCAGUCAAGAGCACGAUAGCGGUGUCCGUGGAUUCGACGCCCAAGUUUGUGCCAUUCCAAGAUGAGGUGCGUACCGUGCCUUGGCUUGGCUUCAGCUCGGCUGAGUCUUGCUAGACUGUCACUGCGUUGAGUACGCCGGCGCCGGAAUCGGUCAUGAAAGUCAAGAUCGCAGCAGACACGAGAGACCCUCCCACCUCUGAGUCCGAUGCGCUUCGGCGCAAUCCUCUGAAGAACCACGACGCGUGCUAGCGUGCGCCCAUGCAACUUGGAUAUUCUACCGUAAUGUACUAAUUCUCUGAGACGAGCUAAAAUCUAGUUUUGUCUUAUUCCUGUCAGACCGCACGUCGUUUACUUUCUAAUCACUCGUUGCGUUGCGUUGCGUUCCAGGCCGCCUUACAUACAUACCCCAUGUUGGGCAACCACUUCUUUUGUGAUCCCGAGCCUGACGGAAUCCCGGACGCCGGCUCCGCGUGACUUGCUGCGCUG